AUGUCUGAACGGACCUUCAGUGUACCUAUGACGGAAAGCCUUCUGGAAGGGCUCACAAAGCUCGCAGAACCUACAGGCGAAGCAGAUAUCUUUAACAUUCCACCUCCAUCGGAGCCAAUUCAUCCUCAUUUUUCCAAACCACAGAUCGAAGAUGCGGAGGACGAAAGCGAAGAAAGCUUCAAGGAGAGACUAACCGAGUGUUUCAAACAGAUGAUGUUUGUCUCUGGAGAGACUGCCGAACCCAGUGCAGAGACUACCGGCAUGAUAGAGGAACUCGUAAAACAACAGGUCAUUGAGAUGCUAACUCAAGCCACGGCAUUGGCUAAUCGUCGAGGCGUUCGCUCAAUCUCUGUCGCUGAUCUCAUAUUCCUAAUUCGCCAUGACAAGGCAAAGGUCUCCCGACUACGCACAUUUCUCUCUUGGAAAGAUGUACGAAAGAACGUGAAAGACUCUGACGACAAAGGAGGAGCCGAUGCCGGCGACGCCGCAGAUUUUGGUGAUGAUGCCGUCGGCUUACCCGGCGCUGGAGGACCAAUGGAAACCAAAAAAGCGCCCAACAAAAAGGCCAAGCUUCUCCUCCCAUGGGAAGUGCAUUCCUAUUUCUCGGAACAAGUACCCGAACGAGAAGACGAAGAGGAUGAAGAUGAAGAAGAGCAAAACGAGGCCUCUCUCGCCCGCCUCGCCAGCGCGGAUGAACGCACCCGAAAUAUGACCCGGGAAGAAUACGUCUUCUUCUCCGACUGCCGCCAGGCCUCAUUUACCUUCCGCAAAGCCAAGCGUUUCCGGGAGUGGGCCGGCUUCGGCAUCGUCACAGACAGUAGACCUAACGACGACGUGAUCGAUAUCCUCGGCUUUCUGACCUUUGAGAUUGUGCAGAUGCUCACCGAAGAGGCGUUGAAGGUCAAAGCGGCGGAGGAUCUGCACAAUCAGCGCACAUCGAAUACCGCGGGGGAUUCAAAGAAGCGGAAGAGAGAGAUGGGAUCGUUAUUUGAGAUGCCGGAAGAGGGAAGGACGCCAGUGGAGCCGAAGCAUGUGAGGGAGGCGUUCCGGCGGUUGCAGGCUAUACCCAAUAAAUACAAGUUUAUGAGGCAGGGUUAUGCAGGGAUCAGAACUCCUCUUCGUCUGAUAUGA